ACAGAAGACGAUAAAGAAACAAAAUGUCAAUAGUCAAAACAGGGAUGAAAAAUAGAUAAUUUUCUUGUUUGUAAUUUGUAUAAAUUCUUAAUUGACGCAAGCGGCUUAUAGAAUAUAAUUACUGAGUAAUUAAUAAAGUCUCAUUGUACAUGACUUAAUCAUAAGUAUAAUCAGUAGAAGUUUUAGUGAUACCUACAAAGAUUUAAUGUAAAAUUCAGGUGCGGAUUAAUUUUCAUCAUACCGCUAAUAUUGAGCGUUCAUUUAGAUUUUUGGAGCCCAGCCAUGGCUGAUCAGACCUCAACGUUAGCGGUUGUUAUUUUGGCUGUAGGUGUUUCAGUGCAUUUUUCCUUACACAAAGUUGAAGAGGGUUAUGUUGGCGUUUAUUACCGCGGUGGAGCGUUACUCCCAGUUACAAGUCAACCUGGCUUUCACAUGAUGGUCCCAUUGCUCACCACUUAUAAGGCUAUUCAGACUACUCUACAAACUGAUGAAGUUAAAAAUGUCCCUUGUGGUACAAGUGGUGGUGUUAUGAUAUAUUUUGAAAGAAUUGAAGUUGUCAAUAAAUUGGACCCCAAUAGUGUUCUUGAUGUGGUACGCAACUUCACAGCCGACUAUGACAAGACCCUGAUAUUCAACAAGGUGCAUCAUGAGUUGAAUCAGUUUUGCAGUGCCCACACUCUGCAUGAAGUAUACAUUGCAUUGUUCGACCAGAUUGAUGAGAACCUUAGCACAGCUCUACAAAAUGACUUAAAUGAAUUGGCACCAGGCCUAAAAGUGAAGGGUGUUCGAGUGACCAAACCAAAGAUUCCAGAAAUCAUACGAAAGAACUAUGAGCUUAUGGAGGCUGAGAAAUCUAAGUUUCUAAUUGCAGAGCAACAUCAAAAGGUUGUUGAAAAGGAAGCUGAGACUGCUCGUCGGAAAGCUGUGAUAGAGGCAGAGAAAGAGGCUCAUGUUGCCAAGAUCCACUUUGAACAGAAGAUCAUGGAAAAGGAAUCUAUGCAGAAAAUGGAGCUCAUCCAAGACAGUAUACAUAAAGCUAAACACCAAACAAAGUCUGAAGCAGAGUUUUACCAUUUAAAGAAACAAGCUGAAGCCAACAAACUGCUUCUAACUAGAGAAUAUUUAGAACUUAAAAAGUAUGAAGCACUUGCAUUAAACAACAAAAUCUAUUUUGGCAAUGAUAUCCCUAAUAUGUUCUUACAAGCAAAUGUUGGUGAAACUGUUUCAAAACCGAUAGACGUACCGCCAAUUCAAGUUGAAUAGAACAUUAAAUGCCCUGAGAGGACAGAAACUAGUCAUUGAAGUGUUGUUAAGAAAUUAAUGCUCCAAAAAUAAAUGUUAUAAUUCGUGUGUAUUUUGUGAAUAUUUACGGGUUUAGAUGUUUUAUUUUUGUUGUCAAAAAUGUUUUGUUUUAAUUGUAAUUUUUUUUUUUAAAUAAUUUAAACAUUUUUAAUUGUACCUAAUAAAAAUACACUCAUAAAGAUAAAAUAGCAAAUUAUUCUAUCUAGAUUUUUGUGAAAUAUACUCAUACAUAGCUAAUAAAGAAAAAUCAAAACAUCUGCAUAAGUCCUAUCAUUAUCACCUUAAGUAAUAGAUUAUAUACUUAUAAAAUGUUCAUCAUGAUAAACAACACAGAUUGAAGUGUACUUUUUGUAUGUUAUAAAUUUAUAAUAAAACUCACUAAAUAUAAAGAAAAACUGAUUUUAUUUGAAAAUAAAAUAAAUAAAUUUAAAAUGG